UCCUUCCUGAUCUUACUGAUUCAAUUUCACUUGUUCAUUUCACAUUGUUCUGAUUCUCGUGGUUUUCCGUGCAAUAUCUUUCAUGAUCUACCUUUAAAUCUAACUUGGAUUUAUUAAAGAAGGCAAAAUCAGACUCGAAAAGAACUGUACAGACCAUUAUAAACAAGCAUUUCAACCCUCUAUCACUCAUAUCACCUUUUAAUAACCGAUCUCAUCUUAUUUGUUUAGUUAAACAAUCAUUCGCUCAAAUUGUUAUUUUAUAAAUUUGUCUCCAAAUGUGUCAUCAAUUAUGAUAAUUUAUUUCUACUGCCGUAACAAUUGGAUUGAAAGACAUUAAAAAAUAAGAACCUCCUACGCAUAAUAUCGACCUUUACCAUUUCCUUUUCCUUUUUUUAUCUCUUCUUCUUUGGUUCUCUUCAACUCUCUAUUUCUUACUCCCCUCUCUUUCUCUCUCGACCUUCUCCAUGAUUUAUUCAUUUUUGUAACAUGAUGAUAAUUGAUGAGGAGUCCGAAAAUGGGAACAAAAUGGCAACUGAUGCCUUCCUAACCACUGAGGAUGGCCUUUGCUGCCGAAUCAAAUCAACGAUGAACAAUGCCAAUCCAUUUAAACCGUCCGUUCAUCAAGUAAAUAACAAAGUAACUGAACUGGUUGGCCUUAAACGAAGAGUUGGCUUACUUUCGGGUACAGCUUUAAUUGUUGGUACUAUGAUAGGUUCAGGUAUUUUUGUGUCACCCAAAGGAGUCCUCCAAAGAUCUGGUUCAAUAGGAUUAAGUUUAAUUGUCUGGACAAGUUGUGGGUUAGUUUCGUUGCUUGGAGCUCUGUGUUAUGCUGAACUUGGAACUUUAAUUACUAAAUCAGGAGCUGAAUAUUCAUACAUUUUGGAGGCAUUCGGUGGUCUUCCAGCAUUUCUUUUCUCAUGGGUUUCUGUAUUCAUUUUAAAGCCGGCCAUGUUGGCCAUAAUUUGUCUAACCCUAAGUGAAUACGUUGUCUCACCGUUUUACUUAGGCUGUGAACCUGAACCUUUUAUAAUUAAAUUAAUCACAAUUUUGGCCAUUGUAACCAUAACCUAUCUCAAUUGUCAUAGUGUUUCUUUGGCAACUGGAACCCAGAAUGUGUUCACCGCUGCCAAACUCAUUGCAAUAAUCAUCAUUGUAAUUGGAGGUUUGAUUGUGAUAAUUAAUGGAGAGACAAAAUACAUCUCUACUGGAUUUGAAGGAUCUCAUUUUUCAUUCUCAGAUAUCGCUACUGCUUUUUACAGUGGCCUUUGGGCCUAUGAUGGUUGGAACAAUCUCAACUAUAUUACAGAAGAACUUAUUAAUCCAUACAGAAAUCUUCCAUUAGCAAUUAUUUAUGGUAUUCCAAUGGUAACCUUAUGCUAUGUUAUGGUUAACGUUUCCUACAUGACUGUUAUGCCAACCAGCGAAAUACUUUCGUCCAAAGCAGUUGCUGUUAAUUGGGGUGCACGAGUUCUUGGCUCAGCCUCCGUUAUCAUGCCGAUUGCCGUUGCUGUUUCAUCUUUUGGUGCUGGAAAUGGAUCAUGUUUUACCAGUGGAAGGUUAUCCUUUGCUGCUGCCAGAGAAGGUCAUCUUGUUGACGUUUUGUCUUUCGUUGAUUUUCAUCGAUUUACUCCUUCGCCUGCUUUGAUUUUCAAUGCAGUACUUGCCAUUUGCUAUGUUAUACCAGGAAACAUUGAAAGUUUAAUAGACUUUUUCAGUUUUACAGCGUGGUUAUUUUAUGGUUUAACGAUGCUAUCUUUAGUUGUACUUCGUUAUAAAAGUCCAUAUAAAGAUUAUAAUCGGCCUUAUAAGGUUCAUUUAAGUAUACCUAUCGGAGUCUCAUUUAUAUCUUUCUACCUCGUGAUUGCUCCAAUUCUUGAAAAUCCUCAAAUUGAAUAUCUUUACGCGAGUUUGUAUAUAGUUGGUGGAGCUUUUGUUUACAUACCAUUUGUUUAUUAUAAGAUUCGCUUCAAAAUGAUUGAUCAUAUCACAAUUUUUUGCCAAAAGCUGCUACACGUUGUUCCUAGUGACGAAGAACCUUUAUUAUGAUUCGAUUGUUUUAUCUUGCAGUAAAAAAAGUAAAGAUUAUCCAUGAAAGUUGGAACAUUUUAUGACUAAAAUUUCGUAGAUCUUUCAAAAAAAUCGUCAAAAAUAGCAAGCUUGCGAUUAAAACGAAAGAAACCAAAAAAACAGCAAAAUCAAUCAAUGAUCAUAAUGAUUAAAAAACAAUAUUAAAAUGACAAUAAUAAGAAACAAUCCAGACCAAAGGUGAACUUGUACUUGGCAAUGAAAAAUAAUUUGAAUUUAACACAAACUAUGACAAUAAAAUGAAUCUCAAUAUAUCCUUUA